AUGGCCCACGAGUUUGAGCCAUUGAAGAAUGACUUGAUCCUGAGAACAGCUUGGGGUCAAGAUGUCGAACGAGCACCCAUAUGGAUUAUGCGACAAGCUGGUCGGUAUCUACCCGAGUACCACGAGGCAAAGGGGAAGCGCGACUUCUUCGAAUGCUGCCGAGACCCCGAAGUCGCCUCAACGCUGACCCUGCAACCCAUUGAACGAUUCACCGGCCUGCUCGAUGCCUCCAUCAUCUUCUCCGACAUCCUCGUGAUACCCCAAGCCAUGGGAAUGGUGGUGGAAAUGGUGGACAAGAAGGGCCCGCAUUUCCCGGACCCAUUGAAGUCGCCCGACGACGGCCAAUACUCCAAGGUCCUCAGCAAGGAUGUCGACGUUGCCGCCGAGCUCGACUACGUAUACAAGGCUAUAACCAUGACGAGAAAGAAGCUGCAAGGCCGUGUACCGCUAAUUGGCUUUUGCGGUGCCCCCUGGACGCUGUUUUGUUACAUGGUAGAAGGUGGUGGAACGAAGCUCUUCAUAGAGAGUAAGAAGUGGAUAUAUCGCUAUCCGGAAGAAGCGAAAGCUUUGCUUCAGAAGAUCUCGGAGAUAUGUGUCGAGUAUCUGGCGUUACAGGUCAAAGCCGGCGCCCAGAUGAUUCAAGUCUUUGAUUCGUGGGCGGGCGAGCUAUCACCCUCGACUUUCAAGAAGUUUAGUGAACCUUACUUGGCUUACAUAUCGAAACAUCUUCCGACCAAGCUGAAAGAGAUGGGCUUAGAUGUCGUUCCCAUGAUUGUUUUCCCGAAAGGGGCGAACUAUGCACUGGAUGCCGUCUGCAAUCUGGGGUACAACGUCGUUGGGCUUGACUGGGUCAUCGAUCCGGCAGAAGCUGUCAAGAUACGGGGUGACCGCAAGAUCGUGCUGCAGGGGAAUGCAGAUCCCGGUGUGUUAUAUGGCACGAGGGAGUCUAUUGCAGAGACGGUAAAAGAGAUGGUGGAUGGGUUUGGGGGCGGAAAGAAGGGCUGGAUCGCCAACCUCGGUCACGGCAUCACACCCUUCGUGAAGCCAGACGAUCUGAAGUUCUAUUUGGAAGAGAUCCAGCGGUUGACUAGCCGGUAA